AAUCCUGACAGUUCCGCUGGGUCACAUGACAGGGCAAGGGGCGGAGCAACACACCCGACUUGUGAGGAAGAGGAGAUGGCGGAGCUGUGCUAGUUUCGAGGGUUAGCGUACAGUAUCAAUAGUAUAUACGGCUCACAGUUUGUCAAACAAGUCAUUAUUUUCAAACACUCAACUUCCAUCCAGGAUGGCCGAGCAAAUCAGCAACGUUAGAUAUCAGGAGCUGUUGAAUGAGGAGGAGCCAGCAGCAGCCCAGCCCCCCCAGGAGGAAGCAGCUGUCCUGGAUGCCCCUCCCCCCUACAGCAGCAUCUCUGCUGCCAACGCAGCGUUCUUCGACUACAAGGAGGAUGCAGGCAGGUUCCCCAACCCACCGUCCUACAACGUGGCUACCACACUGCCCUCCUAUGAUGAAGCAGAGAGGACCAAAGCGGAGACCGGUGUCCCUCUGGUCCCUGGCAGGGUCGUGGAGGAUGAGUUUGACGAUGCUGACCAGCUGCGGAUAGGGAAUGAUGGCAUCUUCAUGCUCACCUUCUUCAUGGCAUUCCUGUUCAACUGGAUCGGUUUCUUCCUGUCCUUCUGUCUGACCACUUCUGCAGCCGGCCGCUACGGCGCCAUCUCUGGGUUUGGCCUGUCUCUCAUCAAAUGGGUUCUCAUAGUCAGGUUUUCCACCUACUUCCCCGGCUACUUUGAUGGUCAGUACUGGUUGUGGUGGGUGUUCCUGGCUUUGGGCUUCAUGCUGUUCGUCAGAGGGUUCGUCAACUACUCCCGGGUUCGCAAAAUGGCCGACCCUACUUACGCCACACUGCCCCGAACGAGAGUCCUGUUCAUCUACUGAAGCUGAAUAAACACAACGUCACAGGAUCUGGAUAAAGAAUCCUGGAUGUUUGAGAAGAAACAUACCCGACAAAAAACAACAAAACUGCAGAAGUCUAAAACCAAACUACUCAAAAUACCCGACGCGACACGAUGAAGAGAAAAAAAAACCUUGAUGAAGACCACUCUUGUAACGUUCAGGAAUUAAAUACGUCAGUUUUCUUAUUCUAUUUGAAAACUUCAUAAAUGGAUUAUGGGUAGUCAUUUUAACUAUGUAUUCAUUAGUGGCGAAUGUUAAGUGCUAUUUUACAUUUUUUUUCAGUCUGUAAUGUAUGGGUAAUGCCUUAGAUCGUUUGAUGGUAGUGUACUAGCAUGCAUCUGCCCCUCAAGCCAAUUGGGAUCAGUCUUAUUUCAGUAACACUUUAUUCAAAGCCCGCCGUUCUAAUGCACAAUAACUUGGUCAUAAAGGACCUUUUUAUGUUUUGUUAUUAGUUCAUAGUAAUUAUGAGAUCAACCAGUUGAGGAUGGAACAUUUUUUGUCACAAAUGGCAUUACAAUUUGAACAUGUUUUACACAUGCUGAUAGCAAGUAAUAAUACACAAUACCUUUUGGCUCCAUAUGAAGCGUUACCCUAAUUUCUAGACAAUAGAGAGCAGAGUUCUUUGCUAAAUUGAGUCAACAUGAAUUAUUCCUAUAAGACAGAAUCCUACCUUUUUUAUAUAUGCCCGCACACAUACCUCCAACGUAAAGUAUCGUAUGUGCAGAUCUGAAGGUUAGAAGUGUUGUACAAGUCAUGCAGUUGUUUUGUUUUAGUUUAGAGAACGGACACAUUCGGUAUGGAAACUAACUAUGAUGCUAUCAGAGAAUUUGAGCAGUUGCACUUUUACAAACAGCACUAAAACCCCAAGGAGUUUCUUCCAGUGGAACCUGGACAUAUCAUCCACACAAACAACUAUACAUGACCAAAGGGUAGUACCUGUAGUUAUUGAGUGAGUAUAAAGCGUUCAUAAGGGUGAUAUGGCAAUUUAUAAUCUAAUAAUAAUUAGAUUUAGGAAGAAGACAAGAAAUUAUACUCGUUGAUCUUUCUCUUUUAGGCAAUUGUUGGCAUAUUGUUAACUAAAUUCUCUCAAACCUGCUCUUAACGGACCCCCCCCCCCCCCCCCCUCGUAUGCCAGCCAGUCAGUCUGCUUUAAACCAGCUGUUUAGAUUUAUUGCUUAGCCCCUAUGUAGAAUGGUACAGCUAAGAUCCUAACCCAGUACUGGUUCACACACAUCUCUUAUCUGUGUGAACUAGUAGUACAGCUGCAUCCUGGGGAUUUUAUUGUUAUGAGAUUAUUGUUAUAAAUUGUAAAAAGCUUCAUGUCUAAUAAAUGUGACUUUUUAAAAGCGAGA